AACAAAGCAGGAGAGAUGACCUGGAAGCUCUAGGUCACAUGUUCAUGUACUUCCUGCGAGGCAGUCUGCCCUGGCAAGGCCUGAAGGCAGACACUCUGAAGGAGCGCUAUCAGAAGAUAGGUGACACCAAGAGAACCACGCCCAUCGAGGUGCUGUGUGAGAGCUUCCCAGAGAUGGCCACCUACCUGCGUUAUGUGGGUUCUCUGGACUUCCUGCAGAAGCCGGACUACGACUACUUACGGAAACUCUUCACCGACCUCUUCGACAGCAACGGCUACACCUUUGACUAUGAGUACGACUGGGUCGGCAAGCCACUGCCUACUCCCAUUGGUUCAGUUGUGAGACCCUUCUACAGUCCAGCAGCAGAGACAAGGCAACGCAGCAGACCAAAAACCAGGUAG